UAGCUAGCUUCACAUAGGUCAAAACCACCUACCCACGAAAACAACCCCAAACCACCCCGACUAACGUUACGUUCAACGGUAUUGCAUUUAUAUCGUCUACCCAUCGGAAUAUAAGGGAACCUAAAACGAUUUAUUUUGAAAUUAAGAAUAUUUUUCAUGUAAUAAUGUACGCCGGAUAGCUACGCCACAUUCCUCUGAUAGCUACAAGUCGCCAAUGUGAUGUUAUAUGCGGAAAGAGGCAUACGGGAACCCCAUUGAAGUAAUGAGGUGAAGAAGCACAAAGCAGGCUAAGUCUGAGACUGGGUCCUCCGGGUGUCCCCAUCCAAUGCUCCUGAAGCGCCAUGAGCCACAGCUGGGGACGAUUUACUACUCCAUAGACUGCCAUAUCUCCUGCAGCCUUUCCCUCUCUGUCCUCGGGCCCCCCUUGGCCCCUUCCCCCCUUCCCCAUUGGCCGAGAUGAAGAAGGUGGGGCAGUGGUCGGCGGAGGAGGUGUCCCAUUGGCUGAGCGAGGAGGGGAUGCAGGAGUACGGCGACUCCCUCCUGCAGGCGGACGGCCCCGUCCUGCUGCGGCUCACCCCGGAUGACUUCCUGACCCCGCCCCUCUCACUGGUCUCCUCAGACAAUGGGCGGCAGCUCUUGGAACGGCUGGAGACCCUACGGAUCGAGCAUCACAUUGAGGAGCACCAAAAAAAUGGCCACGCCAAUGGCCAUGGGAGGCUGCCCAACGGCACUGCCAAGCCCCUGCGGAAAGGUUCGCUGGGGCUUAAUGGCUUCCGGAAGGAGAUGGUCCAAAUCCCCAUCCCCAUGUUGGAGACUGAACGCUCUGGGUUCCCCCAGGAGUGGGGCAAGACAGGUGUAGCGUUCCUCUACGCAGUUUGCUGCUUUGUGACUACCACUGUGGUCAUCUCGGUGGUCCAUGAGAGGGUGCCGGCCAAGGAGCAUACCCCACCGCUGCCCGAUAAGUUCUUUGACAUUUUUGACCGGGUGGAGUGGGCCUUCUCUAUCUGUGAGAUCAAUGGCAUGCUGCUGGUGAGUCUGUGGCUGCUGCAGUGGACCCUGCUCAAGUACAGAUCAAUAAUCAUCCGUCGGUUCUUCUUCAUUGUGGGUACCCUCUACCUGUACAGAUGUGUCACCAUGUACAUAACCACUCUGCCUGUUCCAGGGAUGCACUUCCAAUGCUCUCCAAAGCUAUUUGGGAACUGGGAGGUUCAGAUGAGGAGGAUCAUAAAGCUGAUCGCCGGCGGAGGCCUGUCAAUCACCGGCUCCCACACCAUGUGUGGAGACUACCUGUACAGCGGCCACACAGUCAUUCUAACACUAUCAUAUCUCUUUAUCAAAGAGUAUUCCCCUAAGAGGUUUUGGUGGUACCAUUGGUUCUGCUGGACUCUGAGUGCAGUAGGCAUCUUCUGCAUCCUGCUGGCCCAUGACCACUAUACUGUGGACGUGGUGGUGGCUUAUUUCAUCACAACACGUCUCUUCUGGUGGUACCACACCAUGGCCAACCAGCAGGCGCUGAAAGAGACGUCCCAGAGUAACCCAUUCUCCAGAGUCUGGUGGUUUCGACUGUUCCAGUACUUUGAGGGAAACGUCAAGGGCAUUGUCCCUCGAAAUUAUCAGCUGCCGUGUUCAUGGCGAUCGUCUCCGUGGAGCCAUGGGGUAAAGUACAGCAAAGUGGAUACCCAGUGACCCAGGUCACGUGAGGGGUGGGAGCUGAGCGAGAGACCUCCUGAAGUUGUGAUCGUCUGAAGGAGAUGGUGUCGUGUUGCCAAGCCAGUACUGUUCCCUUGACUUGUUGGGCUCAUUUUAGAAAAAUCCCAGUUCUGGCUAGCACUGUGACCAUAGUCUUACUUUAGCACUACAAAAAAAAAUAUUUUGGGAAUUUUGGUUUUUGAAAACUUAGCACACUACUUUGAUCAUGUAUUUUUGCUUGGGACACUUUGCAAUGUUUCGUUGACUACAGCAGAUCUGGUUAAUAUUUAAAUAUUAUAUUUAGAUUAUUUUUGUUUUUUUGUUUUGACCAUGGCUGUAACAAGUAGUUUAGACUCUUUUCCUCUGCAAAUAGUUUGAGAAAUUCUGGUCCGAUAAGGUCUACCAAGUGCAAAACAUGUCACUGAAAUGUUUAUUUGAUAACCAAAAUGCCAUACAUUGUCUGGGGGAGUUUUAGAUGCAAAACAUUUUUUUCUUUUUUAACAAAUUACUUUUCUGUCAACUACAACGUGGCAAUGGUGCAAAAAAAGUUUUUUUCUAACAAUUGCAACUUUAUUUUUCAAAACAAAUAAUGUCCCCAAAAAUAUUUUUAGAUUUGUACCUUUUUCAAGAUUGAAUGCUGAAAGCAGAAGAAUCUGUGGUAUUUAGAAUUGUUCCAGUGCCUUCCUUAGCUUGAUUGUACUAUGUGUCUGUGUUCCUCUGCCUCCGCGUGUCUGUCUGACUGCCCACAAGGUCGGCAUGAAGCGGUUCCAAAUGAUCGUUCAAGUCCUGUUCGCAUGAAUGUAAGAAUAAUGAUGCCAGCCUUAUAUGGUAAUUAGUCUUCCCAAAACCAAAAACAUUGAGAUGAGUGAAAUAUCCUGUCAAUUUAUUUAUGUUUUCAUAUAUAAUAUUUCUUUCCAUAGCCGGUGAUGUUAUAGCAGUUAAUGAAGGACCGUUAAGUUGUUUGGUUAUGUCCUCAUCAUUUACUGACCCUUAGCCAGUCUUGAACGUGUUCUAAAAAGCUCAUUGACUUGCUAAUAAUCUUGUAUCAAAGGUUAGUUGCUAACUUUGAAAGAAUGAUGGAAACCCUCUGGACCUCAAGGACUGUACUGGAGUUGUGCAGCACACCUACAAGUCUUUGUACGAGAUACUGAAUCCCUAUUUUGUCAAACAGUGUUCUCGAAACAGACCCAGAAAAUACAUCUUACUGGCUGUUGUCGACUUGGCCAAUAGAGCAGUGUGUUCCUGAAUGCAGCCUGCCAGAAUGUCUUACUGAUAAAUAGGGCCGGAAGGACACCAGUAUCACUAUUUUUUCCGUUGCAAAAAUGAAAACCCGAAGCAGGCUAACUCUUUGGUCCUUUUAAAAACCUACUGUAUGUUAAAUAUUGUUUGCUAUAGCUCCCGAGUGGUGCAGCAGUCUAAGGCACUGCAUCUCAGUGCUAGAGGUGUCACUACAUACACCCUGGUUCGAAUCCAGGCUGUAUCACAACCGGACGUGAUUGAGAGUCCCAUAGGGCGGCGCACAAUUGGCCCAGCGUCGUCUGUGUUUGGCUGUUGUAGGCCGUCAUUGUAAAUAAUCAUUUGUUCAUAACUGACUUGCCUAGUUAAAUAAAGGUAAAUUUAAAUAAAUAGCUUGGGAAAUAUAUACAUUUGACUGUAGAUGGCAUCAUAAUGAUGUUUGUUUCUGACAGUUUUCCUGAAGAAUUGAAUCCCGCUUCGUGCUUUGUUUCCCUGCCACGAUACUGACGAGUAUAUACUGGUAUCGUCCUGGCCCUACUGAUAAAGACAAGCUUCUUGUGAUUAUUUAUCUGUCUUAUUGACAUACAUGUUGAUCUUAAUGCAGUUCAGUGGUGAUAUGCCAUCUUUGAACUUUGUCAAAUGUAUAGGGCUUUUCAAUGUUGACUUGUUUAAAAACAGAAGUUUGAGGCAAAGUGUAUUGGUACUGUCCUGAACUACAUUGGCUGGCAAGUUUGCAAUGCCAAAAAUAGUUUAGUCACAAUUACCUACUAAAGAAGCUGACAAAUUGUACAAAGCCAAUGGGGUUAUCAAGUGGGCGAGGGGGCCAAAUGCACAGUACUGGGGAUCUAAUGUACGGACAAAUCCACACAACAGACAACGUACUGAUUACCAUGAAUGUGAAAAUGGUCUCUAAUGAUCCUCGAUACACUUGUGCAUUAAAAUGAUUUUGUGUUACCAUUCCAACAGCACAACAUGUUUUCUCCUGAAGUAGAGCUGGUUCGAGUAAGAAAUUACCUCAGUUCAGCUGUCUGACUGGAGAGACUGAACUGAUAAUAACAUGGCACUUUCUGUUAUGAAAAUGCAGCAUGGCCCAGUUUAAUAGAACUGAGUGGUGAGACAGGACAGGUUAAUAUAAUGGACCUCAAUUGUAUUUAUUCUUUAGAAAGAGCUCUAGCCUCUAAUCAUUGUUGUACAUUUUUACGUCAUGUUUUCUUUUGUGUGUCCUAAAGAGUAGCAGUACUAAAUCGAUAAUGAUGACAUAAUUUGAAUGCUGAAUUGAUGUGCUAUUUCUUGUAAUGAUGAAUGUUUUGACAAAUUGUAAUUUGGCCUCUUAGCUUGAGGAGGAGGCAGCGGUGGUUGUCCUCUAAAGAAAAGGUUGGGAUACCUUCGUUCAAGGGGUAUAAGGUCGUAUGUUUAUGGCUAUAUUAAAAGUGCAUAAACUGUAAUGAGUUUAGCAUGUACCCAUGUGAGACGAAAUACUGUUCUCAUUGACAGCUGCGGCUAUGUCAAAAAUGUAUGAAUGUGAAUGGCAGAUCAGAUGUCUCUAUAUAGGCGUAUUGAUGUAAACCUCUCUAAAGCCAUCUACAGCUGUAACAUGAGAGGAGUUUGGGGAUAUUCCCCUUGAGCCCCUUCAAUCCAGACAUUUCUCUCUUAAAAAGGAAGCCGGUAGUGGUGGAAUGUUUGAACCAUUUCUGAAAUCCUUCGACGUUUGAUGCACGCACAUUAAGGCCAUAUUUUGACUUGAAGUGCACACGCCUAACUUAAACUGCCUAGUGAAAGUCGGAAUAUGUGUCUUGAUAAAUAUAUAUAUAUACACAGUACCAGUAAAAAGUUUGGACACCG